CCCAGGGGAUGCGGUCCUCGGGGAGGCGCGAGGCCUCGCCUUAGCUUUUGCCCGCGCGGCGCGGGCCCUCGCAGGGGCCGCCGGGAAGACCCGCUCCCACCCAGGCGGCGCUCCCGACUCCCUGCGGCUCCGGCGCGGCCCCGGCGCGGCCGGCCGAGCGCGCCGCGGGGGCUUGUGGGGCGCGCGGCCCGGCCCUCCCCGCGCGCCCCCGAGCGCGGACCGAAGCCGGCGCCGGGCGGCCUUCUCUGGGCGGUCGGGCUAGGGCCGCCGGCGACGUCGCAGAGCUCCAGUCCCCGCGGCCCCUUCCCCGCCUGCACCGGCUCCCCGCGGGAGGAGCCCUCCUUGCUCUGCAGGGUCCCCGAAGGUUUUCAGAUCCUGUGCUGUGCUUUUCUGAUUGACUCUGUGAACCUACAGACUGUAGCCCUCCAGGCUCCUCUGCCCGUGGGGAUUCUCCAGGCAAGAAUACUAGAGGACAAAAAACAAGAUGGAUAAGCAAGCAUGGUAUCUGAGAACUUCAAAGCUGGCCCUGGCCUUGGCAAUUAUCCGCUCCAAACCAGCAGACAAAAGCAGCAGAGAAUACGCAGAGCAUCUUGCGAGGAUGGUGUCCGGGCAGGAAUCAAGGUGGAGAUCAAAAAUCGAAGCCUUGGAAGCUGAAGUUCUACAGUUACGUCAGAAGCUUCUCCUGAGCAGGAUUUUUUCAGGAUCGUCUAAGAGUGGAGACCCAUCUUCCCAGGUGCAGGCUCAGGAACCUAAAAGUUCUGAAAGUACACCAACUCUGCUGGAAGAUUCCGGGUGUUAUUUAUCAAGUGAGCAGCAGACGCCCUCAGAGACACCCCAGUGCUUUGGGGAGGGCUGGACCCCCACCCCCUUCUCAUCACUGCCCAUUGGAAGUAGACCUUGUGCUCCCCCAGAAGAGCCUCUGUCUUCUCACAUGCACUUCUUGCAACAUCUGCUUGGACUGAAGAACCUGACUGAGUCAGAGCAUCUGAAAACAGACUUUAGCCACUUUGAAAAUGCCUCUGCCACAAUAUCAGAUUCUGUUCUUCAGUUGCUGGAUGGCUUGAUCGCUUUUUACCGAGCACCCAAACUUCCUUGUUCGAGCUUUUGGACAGAAGCUAUUGAUACUUUAGCUAGACUGAUUGGUGAUUGCAACUUAUCUAAUCACAUUCUUAGAAAGUGUUCCAAAAAGUUGGAAGAGUUUGAGAAGACCCUGCUGCAGGCUAUUCUAAGGAACAACCAUAUCAAUCGGUUUCAGGUGCAGCGUUAUGUCUCGCAGAGUCUGGUAACCCUGGGAAGUUGCAGCUUGUUGAGAAGAUCUAUAAUAUCUCUGCUUCUGUCAGAAGUAAACAGCUUUGCUGAUGAUCUGGGUGCCAUCGACCAGGUACAAGCCAAUUACGAUGUGGCACGCUAUGAGAAUAUUUUCUCUGUGCUCUGGGCUCUGGAGGAACUUCUUCUAAAGGAAAACAAAGAAGACAACACUUCAAGAAUGGGGCAUGAGGAUCAGGAAAUCAAGACAUUUCUUCAGAAGCAUGAUGAAACUGUUUUCAAACUCUCUGAUGCAUUUCCUUUAUUUACUUUUUAUUUGUGGAGACUAGGCAUUCUCUUGAACUCAGUAGACAUAGGAACUGUUGGAAAUAACUCACUUCCUUAGCAGUUUACCAAAUAAUCAGAAGCAUACUAAAGUUUAAUAUAUGAAGAUCUUGUGCUUAAAUGUUUUCAAGAAUAUUUUUAAAUGAGCAUUUUAAAUGGAUCCCUAAGGACAAUCAUUAAUUGAAUUCAGUAAUCUUAAACUAUGUAUAAAAAGAUUAUGAGUCAUAUUUCUGCACUAAAAUCAGCCAGUUUCAGUUGAGAAUGCCCUGCCUUAGUCCUAUGAAACUGUAUAUUGCAAUAUGUUACUCAAUGCAGUCUAGUUCUGUUACUCUCUAAAAUGGAUCAUAAAUUGUCUUUCUGAUUAAAAAAUUGCAUUUUAAAAGAUUUUCAUUUACUAGGUGCUAAAAGGUAACAGAAGACGUCUUAUGUUUUGUUACUUUACCAACAGAGCAUUUAAAAUAAGUGGUUAUAAAUAAGAUUCUUUCAAAAAUUUUUCUUAGUUUCACUUACUCUCUAUUGUCUUACAUGGGGUUCAUGUAGAAACAGAAAAGUUCUUAGCAUUUGUAAAGCUAAUGGCCUUUAAUUUCAUAUAAUUAACAUAUUGUCAAGUCGUUUUGAAAGUACUAAUCAUUUUAAAUGUCCCAUUUGUUUUUCAACAAAUCUUUGUUUUUCAACAAAUCUUUGUUUUGAUUCUGUUGAUUAUAUAAAAUAUUCCUGUUACUGUUCAAAUGUAGUUAUUACAUGUAAUUAAGUCACUAAGGAUAUUUUCACAAAUUCCAACAUCAGUCUAGAAAUAUACUUUAUGUUUAUUAAAGGUAUAUUUAUACUUAUUGAAAGUAUUGGGUGGAUUUCUCAGUUACCCACUUCCAUUGACAUUGUCAGUUAUUAAAAUGAUAACCAACUAACUUAAUUAGCAUACAUUAUAUACUUUCCUAUAGUGCAAUUUAGCAAAUACAGAUUUGCUUUAUUAAUUAUAUGUGAGAUUGUUUGUUUCACAAGUUACCUUUCCUGAAUGUCAUUGGUAUUUUAAAAAAUCAUUGCCUGACGCAUAUUUGUGGAGUUAUUUCUAUCUUUCUACAAAAGAUAAAACCUUUUUUUAUGUAAUACUGAAACAAAAUCUAUCAGUCAACUUUGUUAUAUAACACAGAACCACUAAGUCUUAAUGGUAUACAGCAAUAAAUGUUGCUUUCUCGAUGUCUGUGGGUCAC